CAAAUUGAAAAAAUAGCACAUUAGGCGCUAUUUCUUGGCAACUUCCUUUAUCCUCGCCGGCCCCAUUCAAGAAAGAAAAACAUCUGACACACUAUUCCAUUUUUCCCCUCAUUUUGCUUCGUAAUUAUAUUCAUAUAUACGUAUAAAUUAAAAUAAAAAUACAGUCUUUUUGUAUUUCUUGAUCUGAUUAUUAGGUUCACUUGAACCAUUUUGUGGUUUCAAAUCUCUUGCAUCAGUUCAACAGUUGCCCACUUAAAUUAAAGUAAGUGAUGUUUCCGGAAAUGGGAUCUAUAGAGGAAAAGGUAGACCUAGAUUCCGAUGAGGAGAUCCCUUUCAGUGGGGCCCGCACGACGAAUAAAAUGCAGCCGAUGAAUUUCGAACCGUCUCAUAUCUUGUUGAAUCGAAGAUUUUCAGCUUCUUGGGUUAUAAGAAAAGUGCAUCGAAUCAGUAUUCUGAGAAGUAUACACAUUGUCUUGUUCAAAGCAAGGAUCAACUUCUUGCUCCCGUUUGGCCCCCUUGCAAUAAUGCUACACUAUCUUACCAAUAAGCAUGGGUUGGUCUUCUUCUUUAGCUUAGUUGGCAUCAUUCCUUUGGCGGAGCGUUUGGGUUAUGCUACUGAGCAACUUGCAUGCGUUACAGGGCCUACAGUCGGGGGUCUUUUAAAUGCUACAUUUGGAAAUGCUACCGAGAUGAUAAUUUCGAUGUACGCUUUAAAGAAUGGAAUGAUUAGGGUUGUUCAACAAUCUUUGCUCGGUUCGAUUUUAUCAAACAUGCUUUUAGUUCUUGGAUGUGCUUUCUUCUGCGGUGGGCUUGUUCAUCAUCACAAAGUCCAGAUUUUCAAUAAGGCCACUGCAAUUGUGAAUUCGGGAUUGUUGUUAAUGGCUGUUAUGGGAAUAUUAUUUCCAGCUGUGCUCCAUUUCACUCAUUCGGAAGUGCACAAGGGCAAAUCGGAGAUUGCCCUUUCACGAGUUAGUAGCUGCAUAAUGCUCGUCGCUUAUGCCAGCUAUAUUUUCUUUCAGCUCAAGAUUCAGAACAAUCUAUAUAGUUCUCUUGACGAGGCGAGGGAGAAUAACGACGAAGCUGAAGAAGAAGAUGUACCGGAGAUUACUCACUGGGAAGCGAUAGGGUGGCUCGCAGUUUUGACUUUGUGGAUAUCUGUUUUAUCCGGAUACCUUGUUGAUGCAAUACAGGGAGCAUCUGAUUCGAUGAAUAUACCGGUGGCUUUUAUUAGUGUUGUUUUGCUUCCUAUCGUUGGGAAUGCUGCAGAACAUGCUAGUGCUAUUAUGUUUGCAAUGAAGGACAAGCUUGAUAUUACUAUUGGAGUUGCGGUUGGAUCGUCUACUCAGAUAUCUAUGUUUGUGAUUCCGUUUUGUGUAAUUGUUGGCUGGAUAAUGGGGAAGCCAAUGGAUUUGAAUUUUCAACUAUUUGAGACGGCUACACUUUUUAUUACUGUGCUAGUCGUGGCUUUUAUGCUUCAGGAAGGUCAAUCAAACUAUUUUAAAGGACUAAUGCUUAUACUAUGCUAUCUUAUUGUUGCCGCUAGUUUCUUUGUGCACAUCGAUCCAUCAAACGACGAUGAUUGAUGGGGCUAUACAUUGUUAAGAAGUGCUACACAAAUUUCAUCGUUAAGAACAUAUAACAGACGAUAAAAUUCAAUCUUUUCUUUAUUCUUCGUUUGUUUGGCGAUGGAAUGGAGAGUGGGCAAUGGCAGCGAAUAGAGCAAAGUGUCGCAGCUCGUAAUUAACUCUCGAUAGUCAGUACAUUAUUCCGACAUCCGUUACACUCAUAUGUUGCAGCAAUUUUUUUUUUUUUUUUAAUUAUGAAUGUAAUGGUGGCAAAAUUAAGGUCCAUCAACAGUUUUAAGAAUAUACAGUUGAAAUUGUAGAUUUUAUCGGUAGGUCGAAAGCAACGAAUUGCAGCACAUUUUUUUUUUGUGAAUCAUUCCACGUACUAUAUAUGUUGUUACGAGUGUAUCCUCAUCGAUUUUUUAUUUU